AAUUCCACCAUUUCUUCUGUUCUUUGAAGCGCGUUUAUGCUCUCCGUGUACUAGUAGCCCACCGCUGGCGCAGGGUGACAAAGUAACAAACCGACGACGCUUAACGAGAUCAUUUCCCGGGCUCUCAAUUCUACCCGGUGUCCUACCCGACCCGACCCACCUGCAUCCGCCGCACAUUCGGGAAGUUUCUCGCCGGACCACUACCUUCUCCGCCAUUCACUGCCGACCAAGCCCCACCUGCUGCUAAAUUUUCAUUCUCUUUACAUUCAAGCAAGUAUUAGCGUUAGCGUCAAUUUCCAAAAAUUUUGUUUGAUUAUUAUGGACAGCAGUAAUCAAAGGGCCGCCGAAUCAAGUGGUGCAUCAUUCUUGGCUAGUGGUGAUGCCUUGAGAAAUGAUCGGCUCUUUCCCCAGCUUUUUACCUCUGUACCAUCACUUAAUGAAGCUGCCUCUUAUUUAGCAGAGACGACUUCACUAUUUACUAGCUGUUUUUCUGAUUUUUCUGUUGAUCGUGCACCAGAUGAUCCUGGUGGAAGAGAAAUGGUUACAUUGGUGUCUGAAGAAACUAGGGGACAAUUAGACAGUAAUUAUGUGUCUUCACGUGGGAGUACUCUAUCACGUGUUGAAUCAUCUUAUGCAGCUCAAGGUGCCCCAUCAGUCCAUGAUGAGAUAGCUACUGGCUUAAUUGGUGACUCAUCUCAAAAUUCUAGUGUGCUUGUCAAUACAGCUAAUAGCAGCCAAAGUAGCAUUCCUAUAUUCCAAGGCCUUAUUGAGCGAGUGAGGAGGACUGUUCGUGGCUCAGCAGACGACAUUGGAUGGCUACAACGUACAUCGGACUUGCCUCCUGUAGAGGAUGGAAAUGAAAGAUUUGUGGAAAUCCUUGAUGAUAUUCGGCAUGGUUUACGCAGGUUGCCAAAUACAGUGGUUUACUUGUUAGUUCCAGGUAGCAAAGAAUGUAUCUUUGUGACUUUUGAUAAUUCUAUGCAGAUUAAUGAUGACGUAGAUUCUACUUUGCGAAAAGUUGAUUUUCCUGGGUUUUCACAUACUUCAUUGAGUUGUGGUAGUGUACAUGUGCUUGCUAGUGGUGAUGCCUUGAGAAAUGAUCGGCUCUUUCCCCAGCUUUUUACCUCUGUACCAUCACUUAAUGAAGCUGCCUCUUAUUUAGCAGAGACGACUUCACUAUUUACUAGCUGUUUUUCUGAUUUUUCUGUUGAUCGUGCACCAGAUGAUCCUGGUGGAAGAGAAAUGGUUACAUUGGUGUCUGAAGAAACUAGGGGACAAUUAGACAGUAAUUAUGUGUCUUCACGUGGGAGUACUCUAUCACGUGUUGAAUCAUCUUAUGCAGCUCAAGGUGCCCCAUCAGUCCAUGAUGAGAUAGCUACUGGCUUAAUUGGUGACUCAUCUCAAAAUUCUAGUGUGCUUGUCAAUACAGCUAAUAGCAGCCAAAGUAGCAUUCCUAUAUUCCAAGGCCUUAUUGAGCGAGUGAGGAGGACUGUUCGUGGCUCAGCAGACGACAUUGGAUGGCUACAACGUACAUCGGACUUGCCUCCUGUAGAGGAUGGAAAUGAAAGAUUUGUGGAAAUCCUUGAUGAUAUUCGGCAUGGUUUACGCAGGUUGCCAAAUACAGUGGUUUACUUGUUAGUUCCAGGUAGCAAAGAAUGUAUCUUUGUGACUUUUGAUAAUUCUAUGCAGAUUAAUCAUAUACUGCGUGAUUAUUAUGGUUAUGGAAAUCCUGGCAAAGUGAUUAAGGGUGACCUGCAAGCACUUGAAGAUAUAACUUAUGAUAAGAGGAAGGAAUUCUUGAGGAAGUGGCAUUUGCCUGAAGAACUCCCAGUUGUAUCUUUCCAUACAGAAGCCAACACUUCUGCUGUGGCUUUGGCCACGCUAUCCCAGGUGGCACAGGCAGAAUUACCCAUGUUUGCACCUCUAUCUGCAGGCCAACCAGCAACUGUCCCAGUUGUAUUGCCUAGUGGUGCUGUGAUGGCUGCAUGUGCCCAACUGCUUCAGACCAGAUAUGGUGAGAAGAGUGAUGGACUUGUUACCUGCCGUGAUGCUGAGGUUCCUGGCUCCAUUGUAGUGCGACCAAAGCGUAAACUAGACCAUGGCUGGAUGGUGUACUCGUCAUUGAAUGAUGAUCAAUCAGAAGCAGAUGCCUCUCAAGUAUGUGAAGCUCUACUGACUUUGCUUGUUGAGGUUGGACAGAAGAAGAGACAUCAACUUGCAAUGAAGGAUGAAUGAAGCAAAAUUUUAAUAAUGCUUCUACUUUUGUUGAUAUACUCCCUUAUUUUUAGCUGGAGGGCUUAGAAUUUGUAACUCUAGAGUCUCAACUUUGGCUAUUAAAUCAGAACCUCUUUGGCACAUGUCUAACUAUUAAUCUAUAAUUCAUUGAUUCUUAUUGUUAA